UCGCCUGCCUUGGGGGAGGUGCCUCCACAGUAUUCCACAGAAUAUCUGCACACAGACUAGACUUAAAAGCCGGGUCUGUUUGUUUUACUCUUUAGACUAGCAGAACCCGUUUGUUUUACUCUUUAGACUAGCCCAGGUAGUCCUGCAGUAAUGGAGCCUGGGUCGACCGUGAGUGCAGUGAGGAGUAGCAGGGUUCUGUGUGGCACAGAGAUACGGCCUGCUCUGAUUGUCAUCAAGGAGGGAAAGAUACACAAAAUCCUCCCAGACUCUAGUGGUUCUACCGGGGAUACUGCUGCUGGCUGUGAGGUGUUGGAUGUGGGAGACCGUCUGGUGAUGCCUGGUAUCGUGGACUGUCACGUCCAUGUGAAUGAACCGGGUCGCACCACCUGGGAGGGAUUCUGGACCGCCACGAGGGCCGCUGCUGCAGGAGGAGUCACUACCAUAGUGGACAUGCCCCUCAACAGCAUCCCGCCGACCACCACCCUGGAUAACUUCCAUGAGAAGAUGGCAGCAGCGUCAGGAAAGUGUUUUGUAGACACUGCCUUCUGGGGAGGGGUCAUCCCUGGCAACCAGCUGGAGCUGCUUCCUAUGAUCCAGGCUGGGGUGGCUGGUUUUAAAUGUUUCCUGAUGCACAGUGGAGUUGAGGAGUUCCCUCAUGUGACUGACGGGGAUCUGCACAUCGCCAUGAAACAGCUACAGGGCACAGGGAGCGUUCUCCUGUUUCACGCUGAGAGGGAUAUCCCCCUGUCAUCAGAGGAAGCAGACCCCAAAGAGUACUCUACCUUCCUCAAGUCCAGACCAGAUGUUAUGGAGCUGGAGGCCAUUCGAACUGUCACUGAGCUCUGCCUGCAAUACCAGGUGCAUUGCCACAUAGUGCACCUGUCCUCUGCCCAGCCCCUGGCCCUGAUCCAGGCAGCGAAGCAGGCAGGAGCCCCUCUGACGGUGGAGACCACCCAUCACUACCUCAGCCUGUCUGCUGAACACAUCCCUGCUGGGGCCACACAGUUCAAAUGUUGUCCUCCCAUCAGAGGAGUAGCUAACCAGGAGCAGCUGUGGUCUGCCCUGAAGUCUGGUCAGAUUGACAUGGUUGUGUCAGAUCACUCCCCCUGCACACCAGACCUGAAGAGAUUGGACAGUGGGGAUUUCACUCAGGCCUGGGGAGGGAUCUCCUCCCUACAGUUUGGUCUGUCUCUGUUCUGGACGUCAGCCAGUAAGAAAGGUUUCACCCUGCCAGACGUGGUGAGGCUCCUCUGCCAGCGCACUGCACAACUCUGUCGCCUUGACAACCAGAAGGGGAGCCUUGUUCCUGGUCACGAUGCAGACCUGGUCAUAUGGGACCCAGAGAAGGAGUUUGAGGUGAAAGAUACAAGUAUACAUCACAAAAAUAAGCUAACUCCCUACCUGGGCCUGACGUUGCUUGGGGAGGUGAGUGUCACCAUCGUCCGAGGCAGAGUGGUGUACAAGCAGGGUUCCUUCUCUCCUACGCCCCUGGGGAAGCAUCUCCUCCUCCCCCAGGGGAAGACCCCAGGUCUCCCUGUGUGAUGGAGAGAAGACCGAGGGCACCCAGGCCUCACGGUGACUCCCUGGAAAACAGUGGCAAGACAUGUUACUGAGGGGACAAUCCUGGCUAGAUAAAUACAAUACAGUUAAAUAAAUGGACCAUGGGGGGGGAGGGGGCUUGUAUGUCUCAAAGUUCAGAUGCUUGACUGUUGUUGUAAGAUGUUUUAAUAAACAAAGUAAUCUCUUUCAAAGGA